UCUCCCUUUCUUUUUCCUUUUCUUCCCUUCCAAUCGAUGUUUGUCUAUAAACGAGACGGUAGACGCGAGCGCGUUGCUUUUGACAAGAUCACAGCUAGAAUUAACAAGCUAUGCUAUGGUUUGGACAUGAACUUUGUAGAUCCCGUCGCCAUUACCCAGAAGGUUAUUUCCGGUGUCUACCAAGGUGUUACUACUGUGGAAUUGGAUAACCUUGCUGCCGAGACCGCGGCGUACAUGACCACCAAGCAUCCUGAUUAUGCUAUUCUGGCUGCUCGUAUUGCUAUUUCCAAUUUGCACAAGGAGACCACCAAGCAGUUCUCACAGGUUGUCGACGAUCUUUACAACUAUAUUAAUCCCAAGACCGAUAAGCCUGGACCUAUGAUCUCUGACGAUGUCUACAAGAUUGUCCAAGCCAAUGCUGAACGUUUGAACUCUGCCAUCAUUUACGAUCGCGAUUUCAGCUACAACUACUUUGGUUUCAAGACCUUGGAACGUUCUUAUCUUCUCAAGAUCAAUGGCAAGGUUGCUGAAAGACCACAACAUUUGCUUAUGCGUGUUGCUGUUGGUAUCCACGGAGAAGAUAUUGAGGCCGCCAUCGAGACCUACAAUCUUUUGUCAGAGCGCUACUUUACACAUGCCAGUCCUACUUUAUUCAAUGCUGGCACACCAAGACCCCAAAUGUCCUCGUGUUUCCUUUUGACCAUGAAAGAAGAUUCCAUUGAAGGCAUCUAUGAAACGUUGAAGGCUUGUUCCCAAAUUUCCAAGACUGCUGGUGGUAUUGGCCUCAAUAUCCACAACAUCCGUGCAUCCGGAUCCUACAUUGCUGGAACCAAUGGCUAUUCUAACGGUAUUGUCCCAAUGUUGCGUGUUUAUAACAACACUGCACGUUACGUUGAUCAAGGUGGUAACAAGCGGCCAGGAGCCUUUGCUAUGUAUCUUGAGCCUUGGCACGCUGAUGUCUUCGACUUUUUGGACUUGAAGAAGAAUACUGGAAAAGAGGAGAACCGCGCGCGCGAUCUUUUCUAUGCUCUCUGGAUCCCUGACUUGUUCAUGAAGCGUGUUGAAGCCAACGGUGACUGGACUUUGUUCUGCCCAAGCGAAGCUCCCAACUUGCACGAAGUUUGGGGUGACGAGUUCGAAGCUCUUUAUGAACGCUAUGAACGGGAAGGCCGUGGUCGUAAGACCAUCAAGGCACAGAAGCUUUGGUUUGCCAUCUUGGAAUCUCAAACAGAAACUGGAACCCCUUAUAUGCUUUACAAGGAUGCUUGUAAUCGCAAGUCUAACCAACAAAAUCUUGGCACCAUUAAAUGCAGCAACCUUUGCACCGAAAUUGUUGAGUACUCUGCUCCCGGUGAAAUUGCUGUGUGCAAUCUGGCUAGUAUUGCCUUGCCUUCUUAUGUUAUCAAUCGUGAAAAGUACGACUUCCAAAAACUUCAUGAUGUCACCAAAGUCAUUACCCGUAACUUGGACAAGAUCAUUGAUGUCAAUUACUACCCUGUCGAGGAAGCACGUUACUCCAACAUGCGACACCGACCUAUUGGUCUCGGUGUUCAAGGUCUUGCUGAUGCCUUCAUGCUGAUGCGAUAUCCAUUUGACUCUGCUGAAGCUCGCGAACUCAAUAUCCAGAUUUUCGAAACAAUUUAUCACGCUGCUCUUGAAGCUUCUUGCGAACUCGCUCAAGAGAAGGGUACUUAUGAAACUUAUGCUGGAUCACCUGUCUCAAAGGGUAUCUUUCAAUAUGAUAUGUGGGAUGUUACCCCGACUGAUCUCUGGAAUUGGGAUGAACUCAAGCAAAAAGUUGCUAAACAUGGCGUUCGCAACUCGUUGCUGGUCGCUCCAAUGCCAACAGCCUCCACUUCACAAAUUUUGGGCUUCAAUGAAUGCUUUGAGCCUUAUACUUCCAACUUGUAUACUCGCCGAGUUCUUGCUGGUGAAUUCCAGAUUGUCAACCCAUGGUUGCUCAAGGACCUGGUCGAGUCUGGUCUCUGGGAUGAUACUGUUAAGAAUCAAAUUAUCUCUGACAAUGGAUCCAUCCAAAAGGUUACUUCUAUUCCCCAAAAUCUCAAGGAUCUUUACAAGACAGUGUGGGAAAUCUCUCAACGGGUUGUUAUCGACAUGGCAGCGGAUCGCGGCGCCUUUAUUGAUCAGAGUCAGAGUCUCAACAUCUUUAUUGCCGAACCUAACUUUGGCCGUUUGACCAGUAUGCAUUUCUAUGCCUGGAAGAAGGGUUUAAAGACUGGCAUGUACUACUUGCGAACCAGACCUGCUGUCGACGCUAUCAAGUUUACCGUUGACCAAGCUUCCCUCAACCAAACCGUGGAUCGUCUUUCUCUCAAGGAGUACAGCCAGAAGACUCAGGAGGAAAAUGAAGCUGCUAUGGUUUGCUCUAUCGAUAACAAGGAUGCUUGUGUCAGUUGCAGCGGUUAAGCAUCUAUAGCGAUCCGCAUGGCUUUCCGCCUUCACAACCCCCCCCCCCCUCUUUUUCUUUUGCCUCCAACAUACCGUUGCUUUCUGCAAUCUAGCACAUUUUCUCUUUCCUCUUUUAUGUUUUUAUUUGUAAAUGCCGACCGACACACCCACGCAUCCACUAUAAAGUGAUCCUAUUUUGAAAUUCUUGUUAUUAAUAGCAAACCAUGCCAUUAAGGCUAUAGCUCUAAAUUGGAAAUUUCGUCAUGGUCCAAGUCGAUUCUGUG